AUGGAGUCCGUCAAGCAAGCCGCCAACUACGUUUCCGAGAGCAUCCAGGGUACUGGUGCUCAGGCUUCCAAGGAGGCCAACAAGAACGUCGCCAAGGACUCCGACGCCAGCCUCGGCACCCGCGCCUCCGCUGCCAAGGACGCCGUUGUCGACAAGAAGGACGAGAGCGUCCACGACACCAAGGCCGACACCAACAAGGAGGCUGCUAAGCACUAA